AUGCCAGAGGAAGUGAUUGAGCUUUCCGUCGAAGAAACCAACAAGCUUCGAGCUGAGCUUGGAUUGGCCCCGCUACGAUUGAGUAGAGAACCUGUUCCAUUUCAAUCAAUAGAGGAACAAGCGUCUCGAAAUGAGAUCUCCGAAUCUGCAUCAAAGGCAGACGAAGUGCUGGAAAUGUCCAUUGACGAAACCAACAAACUUCGAGAUAAACUAGGUCUCAAGCCUUUACGAUCAGGUUCUGGAAAGGAAGUAGUGCACAAACCUGCUACAAAUGACGGCGCUGCUAAAGAGGCAGCAGCACGCAUCAGCGAAGCCAGACUGCAAAGAGAUGUCCAACGAGGAGCUGCCAAAACCUUUGGGUCUCAAACGCUUUCGGAUGAUGCGGAUAAGUCAGCUCUCUCUUGGGCGGAAAAAAUGCGACAACAAAAGGAUGAGGCGCCGAAAAAGUCCAAGACAAAGAAAACAACCAAAACUAAUGAAAGGUACGAUGACAACGAUCUUGAGGGAAUGCAAGUUUCCCAUAAGAUGUCCGAACUCGAGGCUGGUUCUACAACAGUUCUAACCUUGGCAGAUGCUCCACUUUUGGAAAAGAAUGAGUCGAAUAAGGCCACGGGUUUGAACGAAGCAGAAGACACCCUCGAGAAUGACAACUUGAGAGACCAAAAGAAACAACAGGAUGGCCUUCGGAAGAAGCGCAUGCUCGAAAUGGGUAUGGGAAGGGCUGGCGGAUAUGCUGGCUUUGAUGAUGAAGAGUUUGAAGAACUUGGAGGAACCUUGGGUCCUUCCCGCAAGGAGCGCGGAAAUCUGUUCUUGGGGGACAAUGAAGACGAGGACCAACCGUCAAGACUAGGAUUCCGACUUGGUAGUACAAGAGAGAAAGAAGAAAAGAUAACUGAUUUCGAUGCCAUCCAGCGAGGAAAAGCCAUCUCAUUGCUUCCCACAAAGGCUGACGUAGCAGCUAGUGACUACAUGACGGUCGAAGAGGAGGACGCUGAACGAGCCAAGCGAAAGCUCAAGAAGGAUGGUAAAUUCAAAAAGAAGAAGAAGAAGGAUAAGAAGAGUAAGAAACAGCGUCGACGCAAAAUGGACAGUGAUGACGAGGAAGAAAAGGUUGAAGCGCCUGGAACUCAAAAUGGUAAUCUGCUUCAGCAUCUAGAGGAGACUGCCUCUGCGGAAGUAACAGGAAUGCGAAAACGGCGGAAGGUGGACGAGGAAGAGUCCAAUGAUCAUAUCAUGACAGAUGGCGAUGUAAAAGAGGAAGCGAGGGAGAAAAGAGCACGCUACGAUGAUAUUAUGGAUAAGGGGAAUGAACGAACAAGAUUGGCAUUUCAAGAAAAGAAGAAACCAAAGGUUGAGGAGGAUUGGUUUGACGAAGAACCCGACGAUUCUUUCUUGAAUGCAGCUCUAGCAAAGGCACGAAGACUGAACCGAUUAAGAGAAUUGAACAAACCAAAAGCAAAGGGAGCCGAUGCUGUAGCUGCAGCGUUGAAACAGUCAGAGGAUGCUGCAGUCAAACCAGAUCAUGCCCCGUCGUCGUCUGGAAUCUCCUUUUCAACUGAUGAUACUCGUGAAUUUACUCGAGCCAUCCAGGCACGUGCUCAGCAAGAAGAGCGGUCAAAAACCAAACCAGCACCAAACACUUCUGGUAUCAAGAUUGAGAUCAAGUCUGCUCCCAAGGACAUAGCACCGAAGGUGGAAGACGUCGAAAUGAAGGAAGCAGAAGAAGAAGAGAAUCUGGAUAUCCAUGAGCUUGCAAAAGAAGUCGACGAGGAUGACACCCCUGCACUAGAAGGAACAGCAUCUGAAGCUGCAGGAGUUGGAAGAGGCCUAUCAAGUUUCGUGUCCAUGUUGAAGCAAACAGGCGAGAUAAAGAAACAUGCUGGAAAGGAAGAGCUUCGUGGGCGUGCGAAGGAUGAACGAAACUACGAGAAUUACGAAGCAUUGGAUCUAAAAAAGGUUGUAAAGAUUGGGAGGAAUGCUAAUGACAAGGACAAGGAAUUUGCCGGUCGUGAAAUCAAGCUAGAAUACAGAGACAAGCAUGGAAGAUUGCUCACUUCGAAAGAAGCCUAUCGAGAUCUAUGUUACCAAUUCCAUGGACAUGCUGGUAGCAAGAAAAAGGAAGACAAACGUCUGCGACAGAUUCAACGGGAGCAAGCCGAAGCUCGUAUGGCUUCUAAAGGGACAACUGCAGGAACCCUUGGAGCUCUCAAGAAAACUCAGAAGGCUACAGGGAAAGCUUUCAUUGUCCACAAGACCUAA